AUGGUGCGAGGCAAGAUGUUGAUGCUGUUGGUGGCGGUGGUGGCGGUUGGGUCGGUUGCAGCCCAGGAGGAAGACCCGGAGCUGUUCCCGCUGUCGAUAUUUCACUUUAACGACCUGUACGCCCGCUUCAACCCGGUGAACCUGGAGGGAUUCGUUUGCCUGCAGGGCGAGGGCUGCCAGGGAGGGUACGCCCGGCAGGUGGCCGCCGUCCGCCAGUUGCAGGAGAGCGCCGGUGCGUCGCUGUACGUGAACUCGGGUGGCAGCUUCAAGGGUACGCUCUGGUACACGGUCCACCGCUGGGAGGUCAUUGCCGCCAUGUACAACGUGUUUCCCGCUGAUGCGAUGGCCCUCGGUCGAUUCGAUUUCUUCCACGGUCUCGAGGGACUGAAUCCGUUCAUGGCCGCCUCGGACACUCCGGUCGUGCUGACCAACGUGGACAACUCCGCCGAGCCGUCGUUCACCAACUUCCAGAGAAGUCUGGUGCUGGAGCGGGAAGGCCGCUCCAUCGGUAUCCUGGGGGUGAUCCGGCAGGAUGUGAACUCGAUCGGUGACGCGGGCAACCUGGUCUUCACCGACCCUGUGGAGGCGGUGCGUGAAGAGGCGGCCCGACUCGAUGAGGAGGGCGUCGAGAUCAUCAUCGUGCUGUCCUACAGCGGCUUCAACGCCGAGCAGACGCUGGCGCGAGAGGGUGGCCCGCACGUGGAUCUGGUCAUUGGGGCGCAGUCCAACACGGUGCUGUUCAGCGGCGAUGCCGAGCAGUUCCCACUCGAGGUCGAAGGAGACUAUCCGACGUCGGUGUUCCAGCCCGACGGACGACGAGUUUUGGUGGUGCAGGCGGGCUCCUACGGUCGACUCGUUGGCAACCUGACGCUCUUCUUCGACGAGGAGGGUGAAGUGCAGCGCUUCGAGGGCAACCCGGUCUUCCUUUCCACCGACUUCGCCGAGGAUCCGGCCGUCCUUACGGCCCUCGAACCGUUCCGGGAUGACGUGGAGACGCUCGGUAACCGAACGGUGGCCGUGCUCGAGACGAACCUGUCGCGGAACGACUGCGUGACGGGCGAGUGUGCCUUGGGGUCGCUCAUCACCGACUCGAUGGUGCGUGCCUUCUUCCCCGUGUACAAUGGCAUCGCGCUGCAAAACCGUGGUGGAAUUCGGGCCGACCUCCAGGCCGGAACCGUUACCUUCAAGCAGCUGUUCGAGGUGCUUCCGUUCGAGAAUCAGCUCUUCUCGAUGCUGCUCCGCGGUGACUACCUCAUGUCGGUGUUGGAGCAGAGUGUGAGAGGGGCGCGUGUGGUCAACGGCACGGUGGAAGCGUUCAACCUGCUGCAAGUGUCCGGGCUGCGAGCCACGUACCGCAUCACCAACCCGCCCGGUCGGCGUCUGGUUUCGCUCGAGGUCCUUUGCCAGCAGUGCACCGGAGAGGUGUACGAGCCGAUCAAUCCCUUCCGCGAGUACCGGGUGGUGGUGGCGAGCUUCCUGGCCGAGGGAGGCGACGGUUAUGAAACGUUCCUGCGCGAAGGACGAGAACUCGAAGAGGGGCCGGUCGAUCUGGAUGCACUCGACCAGCACCUCGGCCAACUUUCGCCGGUAAGCGGAGCAGAAGGAGGACGCAUUCGCUUCGUGUUCUAA